UUGAGGACCAGCCGUUGUAUUCAACAUAAUGUAUUCACCACAAUGCCAUAUGGACACAAACGCAAAACACACACAGUUAUCAUGAUAUUUGCUUGCUGUAUUAUGUCGACAGAUUGCGCUCAAUGCAAAUGGGCCAACGAGAACUGUGAACGAGACAAACAGUGCUGUAGUGGUCGCUGCGUCUCUCUUCAUACGGGGACCACCCCUCGAUGUGGUAGCUCACCCCUCAAUUAUCCAUGUUUCUUCGGGUACCAGUGCGAGCAGGGGCUGGACUGCGAUAACCUUUACCGCUGCUGUGCUCCAUUCUGGGCAAUGUGCAGCAACACGCAGGACUGUUGUGACGACAGCCACAUCUGCCGCCACGAAUAUGGAAUCAUGUACAAGCGAUGUCUUAUGAGUGCGGCAGAGAGGCCUCAUGCGAAGGCAUCACGGCAAUCACUAGUGCUUUUAAGCGUAGUUCUUCUUUUGACGUUCCGUUGUCAUAUAACAUUUUGAUUAUAUAUUUCUUUGUUUGCUGUAAUUGUUUUACAACGAGAAUCUAAUUUUACUGGUUAAUUUAUGUUAAUUGUUGAUAUGCAUACACCAUUUAUUUAGUAGGUUUAAUAAAUAACAAGUCCUGACAAUUUGUACAAAACAUGGUAUAAAAUACGCCAACAGAAAAUAUGCCAAAACAUUGCGCGUUUGAAAUGCACAAUAAUAUUACAUGGCAAAGUGUAUUCAUACUUUUUAAAAAUGCUAUAGAUAUUUAUUAACUAUGGUCAAUAUCAGCAAACAUAUGUGCAAAAUCGAAAUAUGUUUACACAUUUAUUUAGAUUAUAUUUAAGUGCAUAAUUAAUCAUGUAUGUUUCUUAACAUGUUACAGCAUUUCAUAGACAAUAAAAAUGAGAACGUCCUGAAUUGCAGCAUUUCAACAAUUGCAUUAACAGCUCAACAUAGCAUCAAACAUGAUUAAAGUUGCGUCAUACAUGUUUGUGCACACAUGCCUUCUAUGACGCUUCAAACAUAUGCCCGAACCUUCAAUAGAAAAGUUGUGUUGUAUUCACAUUGCUUUAGUUAUUGUGUAAGUUACAUAUGUUCAUGUGUGUUGUUUAUAAACCUAAUUUAAAUGAGAAACAAUUUAAGUAUAGCUUUUAUUAGAUUGAAAGUAAAUGCAGCUGAUUA